AUGACAACGGGCGAUGACACGUCAAAGUCCCAGAGUUUACCUGUAGAACCCCUCAGUCCACACAGCCUCAGUCUACACUUGUCUCUCCUCUUCGAGAUCUCCUCAUUGGAAGACGUGCCUAAAUGGUACGGGAUCACUGAACCUGCCAGUUUCGACUUGCCAUCUGAGGAAGAACUAAGGAGGACAAGGAUGUUGAUGGAGGACCUAAAAUCCAUCGACAUCUUCCAAUCUCACCUGGAGGUCAAACGUCGUGAAAGGAUGGUCCAAAAUUUAGAGUCGCUAUUUAAGAAAUGGCUGACCGAGACCUGCUUGGAGAUGAAUGUUCCCGACCACGUCACAGAACAGGUUGGCGGACGAGUAGUCCCAUUUGGGUCCUACGCUUUGGGCAUCAACACAAAGGGAAAUGACAUUGACCUGCUCUGUGUGGGACCAGGCUUUGUCGAGAGAUCCCAAUUCUUUUCAUCUUUUGUGGAGAAACUGAAGACCCACAGUGGCAUCCAGAUCAUCCAGGUUGUUGAGGAUGCGUUUGUCCCAAUUAUAAAGCUCACUUAUUACGGAACAGACAUCGACAUGGUGUAUGCAAAAAUUAACCGGAACAGCAUUAGCAACAAACUGAAUCUGAUGGAUGUUGCUCAUCUGAAAGACAUGGAGAUCCAUUGUGUGAGGAGUCUACAGGGCUACCGAAUUACACAGGAGAUCAUGAGCUUGGUGCCAAAUAUCUUCACAUUCAGAGAAGUGCUAGUCACCAUAAAACACUGGGCGAAAUGUCGGAACAUCUACUCUAAUAAGAUGGGGUUUCUGGGUGGAGUUUCUUGGGGUAUCUUAGUCGCCCGAGUAUGCCAGCUGUACCCUUAUGCCACCACUGCAACUUUGGUGGCUAAGUUCUUUAAGGUCGUCUCCAUGUGGGACUGGACUUACCCCAUCUUACUGAAGUUCCCUGAGGAGCACAAAUUGAACCUUCCGGUGUGGAAUCCCAGAGUGAAUGUGAGCGAUCGGUUUCACCACAUGCCGAUUAUCACGCCAUCGUACCCACACCAAAACUCCGCCUUCAAUGUGUCUUCUUCCACUCUGAAGAUCAUGAUGGAGGAGAUCAAGCGUGGACACACCAUAAUGGAGAUGAAAGACAGCAAAGCAGCUUGGAAAAAACUCUUUGAACCUGCAGAAUUUUUACAGGAUUACAAAUAUUAUAUUGUACUGCGUGCUAAUGCUGCUACAGAGGCCCAGCACCAAGUAUGGGCUGGUUUUGUGGAGUCUAAAAUUCGACACCUGGUUGGAACCCUGGAGAAGAAUUUCCACGUCGCUCUGGCUUGCCCAAGUUUAGAGUCCUUCCCUGGAAAAGACUGUUUGAACACAACGUGGCUGGUUGGAGUCAAAUUCUAUUCAACCGCCAAGAACGUGAACUUAAGCCAGAAUGUAGAAAGAUAUAUCCAUAAUGUAUAUGCUCAUUCUGGUAAGUUAUGGGCAGAAGGGAUGGAGUUAUCAGCAGCAUACGCCGACCAAGAGACGGUUAAAUCUAAACUGCCGGCUGAGGACACCCGAGCGGCUGUGCAACCCCGUGGACAGGCCAAAAAAAGGGGACAUUCUCCAGACAAUAGUGAAAGUGUGAAAAAGUUGAAAGAAGAAUCUACCGGAAUAAAGGCAGAUGCUAAUGUUCAUGGAAAGGACCAGACCUCCACCAAGCGCCCUUACUCUCCAGAGUCCAACCCUGCGGCUAAGAGGGCGAAAAAGGAGUCUUCUCCAGUUGGACAAGCCAUUGGAGUCCGCCAUAAACCCAUAAAGAGGCCCAAGUUUAUCUUCAACAAGACGACUUAA